UUCUCAUUUUUCUUAGGUUAUAUUUUUUGGGAGACAGACCUGAUCUUGAUACUUUUAAAAAAAAUGUCCAGCUAUUCAAGUGAGUCCGGGAACUCUCCUCCAAGGCGACGAGUUCGCUUGGAGACGCAAUCGUCAACGGAGGAGAGGUAUUCCGGCCCUGCUCCGACAGCGGGAGAGGAGGAAAGCGGGGGUGGACACCAUGAAUCGGUAAUUAAAAAAAAAAAAAAAUGUAUUGUGUUUUUUCUUAAUUCUUUAAAUUUUUGGUUAUUAAGUUUGAUAUUCUUUUAUUUUAGUCUAAUCCUACUGUUGCCUCAAGAGGUCGUCAGCAACCACCCACAAGGCGCCGGGGAGCACACGGCGGUCGGGGACGUGGUUCAAGGGCCUCUGCCAGAACGGAUGAGGAGGAAUUAUAUGGUUUCUAUAUCGACAAUGAACUCCUCAUCCAUCUGGUGGAGGAACGCGUCCCAUUCUGGGACCAUACCGACCGCCGCCAUGCAGACCCGGAGUCUGUGGAUGGAGAUUUGUGGAAAAAUCCUGACGGAUUGGGACGACCUCAGUGAAGGCAAACAGGAAGAUUGCAAGACGGCAGUCAUGGUACGAUGGCGCACAAUAAGGGACCGCUAUAAGAAAGACUAUAAUGAGGAGGUCAAUCGCCCGAGUGGGUCUGGCGGAACCCGCCGGCAGCCGUACCGCUAUGCGGCUGCCCUAGGGUUCCUACGUAGAACCCUAGAGCUGCGAAGAACAACUAGCAGUACUCGGGCGCCAGAACCUCCUUGUGAAGGUCAUCAAGAGGCGGUCCCUGCUGAGCUGCCACCCGCGGAUCCCUCUCCACCUCGUCCAGCACCUGGUCAGGACCCAAAUCGUCCUCUACUGGUGCCCUCUGGUGACGCAACAAUGGCCGUUAUGGCGCCACUUUUUGAGGCGUUGAUGCGUCGCCAGAGGGCCGGUAGAAGCCGCCAAGCUGAUUAUGAAGACCUCACAAGGUUCUUGUAUGAGACCUUGUGUGGUUACAGCAAUAGGAUUGUAGCCAUGGAGGCCGAGCUGAGAAGUCUGCGGGAGUGUGUGGCGCAGUUUUCUCAGCCGGGCCCGCUACAACCCUAUUGGCUGUCAGUUAAUCAGCUGGUGGCGGACUUCACGCCCGACCAGGUGUUGGAGUUGAGACGUAGGGUGGAGGAUGCGGUGUCUCUUUCUCACUUACUGUUUAACUUGCUGGUGCGAUGA